UCCUUCUUCCGAGUUCUUCUUGCUUUUAUUUCGUGUACCUUGGCUCAUGACUCACACUUUUAUACUUGGCUAUUUCCUGGUACUACAUCGAUACACUAUAGACUCUUCUUGUGUGAUUUGUCACUUUCUUGACAUACAUUAAAAAAAUGUCAAAAAUAUCGACCAAGAUAGUUGGAGAUUCUAACUCAGCAAGAAACACUAUUAUCACCAACAAGUUCACGAGCACCCUAUUUUCUUUCCUCCAGCUGGGCACCUUUGUUGUUAAAUGUCUUUAUCCUUUUUUCAGGAGUCACAGGUAUUUAUACUAAUUGUAGUUAGCAUACAGUAAGCGUGUACA